GUUACAACCGGCCCUUUGAGGGAAACCAUGAUGCUGAUGUGGCCCAGGGUGAAAAUGAGUUUGACACCUCUGCUCUAAAGCCUAGGACACUACGUUCAAAGGCCCCGUGUGUUUUCCAUCCCUAAUUCUCCCUUUGCUGUUAUAUUUAGUUUGGUUUAAAUCUUUAGACCUCAACCCUAAGGCAUGCAUAUUGGGUAUAACGGUUUCCUUUUCCUUUUGGAAAAGCAUUUUUCUGAUAGAUGAUUUUUGCAGAUGUUGAAACAUUAAAAAAUAACAGAUUGCAGUAGGGUUGGGCUCAUCCAAUCGCUGAUUCCAUUUUGGAUCGGUUUCCCAAUCUGCAAAAUUUAAGAAGUGGAUGCAUUACUAGAUUUCAUUUCAAUAAAAUGCUAUUGCACCCCACAUUCACGUCAGUAUGGAUGUUUGCAUUGGCAGUGAACAAGCAGUCUCAUUGUAUUGAUACAAAUCUUUUUGCUAUUGCAUGUUAGUUUGAUAUCCACAUAUUUUCAGGGUUGAACGUGAAUGAUUGUUUUUAGUUGCUUGAUAUACUUUAUGUAGAAAAUAUAUACUGUACUGUAAUUUAAACUGUAGUUAUUUGUCAUCCUUCGGUUUAUUUGGUUUAUGAUUAUUCCUGGCAUUUUUCAGUUUCCUUGCGAUCUGCUUUAUACCUCCUGUUGAACAGACUAAGAUGAUGAAUACAGCAAAGGACAAUUACAUUGACAGGACCGAGGAGGCCAUGACACUAAUUGAAACCCAUGUUGAUAUAUUUGUAUGAUUUAUCCAGAAGUGGUUGCAGUUGUGACGGCAACAUAUUUACUUUCUUUCUUUGGCCGAGUCUUUCUUUUGCUUUAUCUUUUCAUUUAUCCGUCAGCCUCACUCUCACAUCCACCUGCCUCCUCGUCUUUUCAACAUCCCUCUCUGCACUUUCCCUUUACCCUGCCUCCUCCCCUCAUAGUCCAUCUGUGUCUUUGGAGGCAUGAAGCCAAGAAGCCUUAAUGAAUGUGUAGCCCACAGUGGUUGGGCUAAUCCAGUUAGCUUGGCUCUGUAGCGGGCCCCAUUCACUGGGCCUCUCCACCAACAUAAGCUUUUGUUUCCGAUAAUCCCAUUGGCACAGCCUCGCCACACGCUACACAGACACACACAGGCGUCGAUACAGAUGCACCUCAAUAUUAUUCUCGCCCUUCUCAUAUAGAUGAACAGUCACACACAGAGUGAGACAGGACAUCCUGCUAAAUCUGCUGCUUUGGAGUAAAACCUGAAUUUCCCCCUUGUGGAUUAGAAAUGCUUGAGUGACACUUCUCGCUGUGCAACAUGAUAAAGCAGUAGUGUGACAGGGGAGGAGUUACAUUCAAAAAACAGCUUUUGUCUGAUUUCCAUUUGUCAAGCCACACUUUGAAUUGUUAAUGCCAGGAUCGGCCUGAUAAUGGCCAGACCCAGCAGUUGUACGGUGUUGCUAUAAUGAAAAUGAGCAUCGAGUGCUGGUUGUGUGUCAUAGCAGAAGUCAUCCGACACAGCAUCUGGGACACCACACAGGUCCUGACAAAGGGCCAUGUGAGAAUGUUUUGGCCUUUUUUCCCUUCUUGUUCAUUAACAAGGAGCCCAAAGCAAAAGAAGAAUACUGUUCUUGGUGCUGUCAUAUGAAAUUAUGAACACUUUACCUCCUUUGCACCUCUUUACCGAUCACCAAUGUAUGUCAGUUUGACCAUUUGAUUAAAGGAUUUGUUGAAAAUCCUCAGAAUUGCUAUUCUUUUGAUCAGAAGAUAGGUUAAGAUAGAUUCCAGGCAGGAUGGAGACAUGAUAUCACUUUCACAUUGAAUUGCUUUAUUUUACAGCAAUUAAGAUUCAAGAUGGAUGAAGAUAGAUUUCUAAGCAAUGUUGUGUAGAUUAAGAUUUAUUUGUAUUGCAAUAUGUUACCCAAGGCAAGUUAAAGACUGGUCCCCUUAAAUAAGCCGGUCCUUCUGCUCUUCAGGGUCUGCUCAAAACAUGUUGUUAACUCCACAGACAGUGUGAAGCUAACAGCUUAGCUGUCCCUGAGGGAUUUAUGGCAGAACAUGCUUUUCCACUCACUGAAAGGGAAGAGGACCUCGAUUAGAACCCAGGGGAACAGCACGAUGCUUGUCUUGUGAUUAGUAUUUAAUUUACUUGUAUGUCCCAGCCUGUGCUGAGACAAAGGAUGAGCAGUGAACAAACUGAAGUAUGAGGGUCCCUCAUAAGUAUUAACAUGCUUAAAGGAUAACUACAGUUUAUGACUGUUUGGGUUUUAUUGUCGUAGCUCUGGCCAUUGGUUCAGUCAGUUAUAGUAACAUUGUACUCACCAAAAUAAUCGCUGAGAUCACUGACAUCACUGAUUAAUAUGGUACAACAGGGCAGGAAAGAUGAGCAGUCAGAAAAACAAACAGGAUGUAAACAAUCACAAUUUCGCCAAAUUAGUUACAACAUUAUUUGGAAGUAAAACCAAAAGUGAGCGCAGACCUAAUGCCAGGUAUGGUAAACAAAAUGGAAGCAGGAAGUCUCUGUCUGAUGUGAAUGUUUACACUAGAUGGUUAAUAGUUUGACCAUUCGCACUCACUUCCAAACAAAUUUAGCUUUUCUACAAACUAAAUGAUCAUCAGACGUUUUUGUGUUUGUUUCCUUGUCGGCCCUACUUUUUAGACACGAGAUCUCUGCCAUUUAUUUGGUAAGUACAAUGUUAUCAUAACUUAUAGAACCGAUGGCCAGAGCUAUGAAUAUAAAACUAAAGUUUGUAAUCAACAGCAUUUUCCUUUACAUACAUCCUCCAUUGGAGGUCAAGAAGAGUUUCACUAGACAAGAAUUUAAGAAUAAUGGUCCAUCUAACCUAAUUGGGACACUAUAGAUUUAGCAUUUUUACUCAGAUAAAUGUUGGAUGCUAUACAAUGUCUCCUCAAAUAAUACAUAUAAGAAAAUAUAGAGAUAAAAGUACAAUGGCUAUCUGGCUUUCAACAUCCAGCUUUAACCACGGGUCAUUGAGUUGAUCAGUAGGGUAUCUAAGUUCUUGACAAUACUGCUACCCCAUCGUAUUGUCAGCAGUAGUGUGUGUAUGUGCCUUGAGUCAUGUUGUUGGGCGUUCACAUUCCAGAGUUUGUGCAUGUCACAGGGUUAAAUUCAGAGGAAGCGCCUGGCCGAGGAUGAAUUAAAGCCCAUUUCAACAGACAAGGCCAGUCACACAUGUGAGAGCAGCGCUGGAGACAUGGCAGCUCACUGAGCAGCGAGAGCGAAAUGCUAAAAGGCCAGUCUAUUCAUCAACACAGAAAGAUCGCCUUGUUACGCAAGAUCUUCCACUGCAACUCGCUUCCUUCCACCCUUUGUUUCUCAGAAGUGACAUAGAGGAAAGAAAGACAAGGCAAUGCUGUCAUCUGUAUCUUGGAGAUCUUUGUUGAUGUUUUGGUCAGUGUCAGUGUUCAAAUGAAGGAACCAAAUGAGAAUUUAAUCAAAUACAAUAGAGGGGUCAGAGGAUAACAGCUCUGGUGUGGAGUCUUCUGCAUAGCCGAAGGAUACAGACUGUCUAAUUGGUCGGACAGACACGGUCAUUGGGUGGCACAGCUUAAUUUCCACUAAACUGCCUGAUUUAGUUCUAGCUAGACUCUUCUUUAAUUAGUGUAUAUUACACUAGUGUGAGUUAAAGCUUCCAGCCCAAUUGAGACUUACUACUGAGGUGCCACAGAAGAGUUUUCUUGUAAACGUUAGUUAGGUAGAAUGUAUGGAGCCACAUUUGUGCCUACAUUUUUUGUGUGCUUUGGAAUAUUUUGAGCACGGAAAAUAUGUUUUGUGAGCACAUAAAUUAAGAUAUAUAAAAUAAAUCAAGCUUUUAUCAAUCCCUAGAGGGGAAUUUGGGUGUUGCAAAAGCGCUCAAAUGAUCAUAUUGAAAAUAACAAUUUGAGCAAACAAAAAACUAUUUUGUGCUUGGUUAAUUUAUCUACAAAAGUGUACGGUGAUAACCUUGGACGUUUGUAAAUUGAUCAAACUUCUUUUGUGUGGCUGUGGUGUGCCUACUCCAUCCAGUCACCUCCCAGUGACUCCCUAGUUACAAUAAUCCCACUAGUGAUAGGAUUGGAGACAAAACAGCGAAACAAAAAAGACUUCAGUUCUUUAUUUGGCUGAAUUUGUGGUACAAAGUAACACUCUGUUAGAGAUGGUCAGAAAGGGCAAAUGAGUAAAUCUGAGUCAUAGAGGCUAUUACCCCUCUGUACAUGUGAAAGACCCCAUCCUAUAUGCUCUUUACAACUAUCCUUUCUUUUCUCUUGUCUUUUCUUAAAAUCUUUUUUCUUUCACAAACUCAAUUUCAAUGACACACGUAAUUUUUAUAUUUAACAAUCCAACACUUCAACUAUAAAUCUUAUAAGAGAAAAUGUCCACCUCCAGCUUUCUAUAAAAAAAGGUUGAGCAUGCAGACAAACAGACUUUUUGAUUAAUAGCAAACAUGCAAAUACCGAAUAGAGUGCUGUUUGUUAAAAUGUAAUUAUUCUUUGCAUAAUAAUAUUUAUUCUUCAAAAUAAGCGUGUGAAUGUGUGCACUUUAUUUUUUUGUGCUCAGAAUGUCCCGUUGCUUGCUCAUAAUAUAAACUCAUGUAUAUGUAUAUAUGCACACACACACACACCUUUAUCUGAAUAACAUGCAGUAUAUAAACUGUCACAGCGUUGAAUUUUUAAUCAAGGCCUUGUGUAAUAAUUCUUGUGUAAUUUUGUGUAAUUCUGCUCUUGUGUAAUAAUUCACAAAAGGUUGGCAGGUAGCUGCAGAAGUUGCGUUUUCAUCCCAUGGUGAAUCUCUAUCAAGUCACCUUUGACCCCUCCUCCCGUCCAAUGCAUCAUAUUUACUUGGUCUGACACACACACACACACACACACACACACACACACACACCUACCCACACACGCCCUGCCUCCCUCAUGCAUCCUUCACCUGCCAUCAGUAACACUGAUUGACCCGAGUGGGUACUUUUAACCCUUACAGCUCUGCAGGAUGUCCAAAGAAAGAAGAUUGUGUGUUUGCAAUCCAGACCCUCAAUACAGCAAAUGGAAACGUGUUCUCAAGAUGUGUAAUAAGUGUGUGCUCCUCUGCACCCCCACCUCUAGUGUCCUGAGGCGGUGCUGAAUAAUCACCUCCCACCCCCCCUUAGCCUGCAUCCAUUAUUCAAUACCCCAUCGAGGGCGCGGUGUGUAUGUGUGCGCGUGAAUGUACCUGACGAUCACCUCUGUAUGUUGUCUGUUUUCAUGUAUAUGUGUUUCCCUGUUGCAUAUGUACGAGGGAAAAACGUGUGUUAGUGUGUGUGUGUGUGCGUGUGUUUCUUACAUGACUACAGGCUGUUGGGGGAUGGUGGGCCCAAAUGUCAGCCUCCGUCUGUGGACGUUGGAGUUGAGCUGUGGCUCAUAGAGAUUGCUUUAGUUUCUAUUAUUACAAUAAACACCAGUUUGUUUUAAAUAAAGUGAGAGGCUUUAUUCUGUGAUCUACAGUUGAAUCAUUAUGUGAUGAGACACACCAAAAAGUGUAGUACAAUAUCAUGAGGAGUAUGAGGCUUGUAAAUAUUCAUAGUGAUGCUUCAGCUGUGGCGGCACCUGCUGACAGAGGCUCCUCACUACACGAGUCCUGAAUCGACUACUAUACUAGACACUGGGGCUUUUGGAUAGUAGUAGAAUUGUUGUUAAAAUGUCUUUAACAACGAGAGGAGUCCUUUAGAUUUAGAGAAGACAAAAAAGGAUCCAUUAAGCGUCUACCUGUUAUUUUGAUAUGUAUUAAUAUCCCAUAUAUGAUGUGUUUAAUGGAUUAUGGACUGUAUUGAAAUGAUUACAAAGAAAGCUGUAAUGCAUCAUUGUGGCAGUGAUGAAGGCGGGAUGGCUGAGAAUGUGUGAGCCUGUUCGGGCAUUACUAGACAACAUAUUUUGGAAAUUAGUUACGUAGGUGGGUUGCAUUAGUUAAGUAUGCACAGGACACAAACAGCGGUCACCUGUGUGAAAGUCCUGUGUUUGUUUGACCCAUCCUCCACUACUUCCUCUAUACAAGGACUUUGUUGCUCUAAAUACUGCGUCACCUGACUUCCUCAGCGGCAGCUUUCCACCUCCUGGCCCCAAUGAUGUGGGUUAUAUGUGAAACGCAUUUCUUUGCAUCGGUAUAAUUCAAAUUAAAGAUAAAAUCAUUUGUUACAGGACGCUUUUUCUAAAGCUUAUCAGUAAUUACUUGCUGUUUUACCCAGGGUCAGAUGGAAAUAUCAAUAUCUAUUUCAUCUCUGUGAGUCCAGUACUGGACUCACAGAUAUACAGAGGAUGUCAUUUAGUUCCUGGAACGGUUAACACAAUUAUCUUUAUAGCAGCAGAAUAUAAGCGACACAAUCACCGUUAUGUAACAGAAAUCGACUGGAGCCAAUAGAGCUCCAUGUCUCUUCCCAUUAUAGACAUACAGUAUCUGUAUAGAUUAUAUCCGCCCAGAAAACUACAAAUGAUUCUUUCAAAUGGUGGACAUGAACCCCAUCCUCUCGACCUCUUGUUGAAAUGUGUGUUACAUAAGGGUGCUGCAGUUCACUGUAUAUACUUCUAUAUCAGGAGCCAUUUGUUUACUCCUGCCGAUAUUAAUGUAUGUGAUUUUAUGCAGUGAUUCACUCCAACUCUGAAUCUUUAAUAUAAACAGAAGCUAUCAAUUAGGGAUAUAUUUGAGGUAUGUAUUUACAUGGAUUUAUUUUCUAUAGGAUAAUUCUUUCAUAAGCAGACCAGUUCAUUCACUCACAGGUAGAUAUUACUGAUCUAAGCUGCACACUUUAUUAUUUACUAUUUUCUAUUCAUAACACAACAUAAGGGCAAGAGUGUUGCAUUAUGGGUUGUUUUAGAUUUGAUGUUGCUAGGCUAGUGUCUUCGAGCAAGUCUAUAGUGCCUUUUGAGUUGAUCAGCCCUAAAAGUUUUUAGUUAGCCCAGUUCAGCAGCAGUGACUCGUGUAACGUACAGUAUAUCAUUGACACAGAGGAAAUAAAUUCAUUCAACUGUCAAACAGAUAAAAAUUGCCUUGGUGACAGCUCAACAAUAAAUAUGUCAUCAAUCAAGCUGCAUGAUGUCCUUUUCCUUAGGUGAUACCUCUAAGAAAAAGUAAAGAUGUCUGGCCCCAGACCAGCGGUGUAACCACAGAUGCAGCCAUAAGCAGAUGAUGCAACGAGCCUUAUAAACCCUAUAAAUCCUCCGGGGCAGGACGGUGGGUUUUGAUUAACAAGGCGGCUCUAAUCUGUUCCUGAGAUAUGGACGAUAAUUUGUACACGCACGACUUGGAACUUACAGUAGAGCUCCAGUGACUAUUAUACUGCAUCUAUACAACAAUAGCUAAUAUGACAUUAUUGAAGUAAUAGAAUGUAAUCAUGGUAUUUGUAGUAGUGUAUCUUGUAGUAUUUACAAGAUACAAAUAACAAACAGUGCAGACAUACAUAAAUAGUACAUAUGAAUAAACAUAAAUAAUAUCCAUUGCAAUGUAUGGCUCAUAUCAGUGUCACUAACUUACAGUAUGUCUUCAAAGUCCACAUCCCAAUUCUUUUUACAUUACUUUCUUUUAAAAUGAACUGAUUCAAAUCCCUGAUGACAUCACUAUGACAUCACCAGGGUUAGUUUCUCAGACUGGACAAAGCAGAAGACAUUAUGCAACCAUUUUAUCAGCGCUCCUCAUGAUCCCUAAACUGAUUCUUAUUUAUAAACUCAGAGUGCCCCUUUAAAAGGGAAUGCCCAUAAUGUGAUCAUACUUCUUUCUCAUCACCAGUGAGAACAAGCUGGACCUCAGUAGGCGUCACAUGGUCCCAAAUGAUCCUUUCACUAGCACUUUCUGUGAUGCCGAAGUCUAUGAUGCAUUAUGUAGAUGCUGAUAAUGUGUAUAAUAAUGUACUUAUUGCACUGUAUAAAUAUAGUUAUAAGCACUCAUAAAUAUCCGUAACGCUUUAUUAUAAUGAUUAUGACACAUUAUAAUACAUUACAUAAUAACAUAGAAGGUCAUAAAGCGGAAUUAUUUAUAAUUGUUUGUCACUCACUGAGACUUUUUGUGCAAGGAUCGUAAUGUAUUAUAAUUCCCAUUGCUGUGAUAGAUUAUGAUCUUUUCAUAAUAAAUUAUAUUCACCGUUAUAAUGAAUUGUAAUGUGAUUAUAAAUUACAAUAAUUGGUCAUUGCUUAUGAAGUAAAGUGAAAGAAAAUCUGUGUAAGAACAACACCCAAGAGAGAAUGCAGCAGGUGGUGUUUACACAUUACCUGUGUGUGUGUGUGUGUGUGUGUAUGUGUGUGUGUGUGUGUGUGUGUGUGUGUGUGUGUGUGCACUCUGGCUCGUCCGCCCUCCAUUGUGUCUUUAUUGCACCAGUCUGAUUCUAGGUCAGUAGAAAAGACUCCUCUAUUUUUGUCCACAUAAUCCCCUCUAAGAAUGCACACACUCCUCAUUGUGCACACAUCCAUGUGUGUGUCUGUGUGUCGGCCGCGGUGUGUUAAUACCUCCUGCACGUUACACACUAAUCCACUCACAGUCGGAAAGACCUUCCUGCACCCCCCCCCCCCCAUCUUGCUCACACACACACACACACAUUACACACAGUACGCACGUUGGCAUCUUGGCUCCAACGCACCGAGUCAUACACGCAUUGGAUAUAUUUCACCCCGGGGUGUUGUGGCCUCUUUGGGAGCACCCAUGAGCACAGGCAUGGUGGUUGGAGCAACAGGCCAGUCGGACAGCAACACCAGUUUCCUGCGAGCGGCAAGAGCAGGGAACAUCGACAAGGUUUUGGAAUAUCUCAAAGGGGGAGUGGACAUCAGCACCUGCAAUCAGAAUGGUCUCAAUGCACUGCACCUUGCAGCCAAGGAGGGCCAUGUUGAUCUGGUCCAGGAGCUUUUGGAGCAAGGUGCCGGAGUGGAUUCGGCCACAAAGAAAGGAAACACAGCACUUCACAUAUCCUCCCUAGCUGGUCAGGCUGAAGUAGUAAAGAUCCUGGUCAAACGAGGAGCUGACAUCAAUUCACAGUCUCAGAAUGGAUUCACUCCUCUGUACAUGGCUGCCCAGGAGAAUCACAUGGAUGUGGUGCGAUACCUGCUUGAGAAUGGAGGCAACCAGAGCACUGCGACUGAGGAUGGUUUCACCCCUCUGGCCAUUGCCCUCCAACAGGGCCACAACCAGGUGGUUUCUGUCCUACUGGAGAAUGAUACUAAAGGCAAGGUCCGCCUGCCUGCCUUGCACAUUGCUGCACGCAAGGACGACACCAAGUCAGCCGCCCUGCUCCUCCAGAACGACCACAAUGCUGAUGUCCAGUCGAAGAGUGGAUUCACCCCCCUUCAUAUCGCUGCCCACUAUGGCAACGUCAAUGUGGCCACACUUCUGCUGAACCGAGGGGCAGCAGUGGACUUCACGGCGAGGAAUGGGAUUACUCCUCUACAUGUGGCGUCCAAGCGUGGCAACACUAACAUGGUUGGCCUGUUACUGGACCGUGGCUCUGAGAUUGAUGCUAAAACAAGGGAUGGAUUGACUCCCCUACACUGUGCGGCCCGGAGUGGACAUGAUACAGCUGUGGAGCUGCUGCUGGAAAGAGGAGCACCCUUGCUGGCCAGGACCAAGAACGGGCUGUCUCCUCUUCACAUGGCGGCACAAGGCGACCAUGUUGAAUGCGUCAAACACCUUCUGCAGCACAAGGCUCCCGUUGACGAUGUCACGCUGGACUACCUGACAGCGUUACAUGUGGCAGCUCACUGCGGUCACUACAGAGUCACCAAACUGCUGCUGGACAAGAGGGCCAACCCCAACGCAAGGGCUCUGAACGGCUUCACUCCGCUGCACAUAGCCUGUAAGAAGAACCGAGUGAAAGUGAUGGAGCUGCUGGUCAAAUAUGGAGCCUCUAUCCAGGCCAUUACAGAGUCUGGUUUGACUCCCAUCCACGUAGCAGCCUUCAUGGGUCACCUGAACAUCGUCCUGCUGCUGCUGCAGAACGGAGCCUCACCCGACGUCAGCAAUAUUCGUGGGGAAACAGCGUUACACAUGGCAGCCAGGGCAGGUCAGGUGGAGGUGGUCAGAUGUCUGCUGAGGAACGGAGCAAUGGUGGACGCCAGGGCACGGGAGGAUCAGACUCCCCUCCACAUUGCGUCCCGUCUGGGAAAAACAGAGAUUGUGCAGCUGUUGCUGCAACACAUGGCCCAUCCGGACGCUGCCACAACCAACGGCUACACCCCCCUCCACAUCUCUGCUAGGGAGGGCCAGGUGGAGACCGCCUCUGUCCUGCUAGAGGCCGGAGCUUCACACUCACUGGCCACCAAGAAAGGUUUUACUCCCCUGCAUGUAUCCUCCAAGUACGGAAGCCUAGAUGUAGCCAAACUUCUGCUGCAGCGUCAAGCUCCACCUGAUUUUGCUGGAAAAAAUGGCCUCACCCCGCUACAUGUCGCAGCACAUUACGAUAACCAGAAGGUGGCGCUCCUGCUUUUGGACAAAGGAGCGUCCCCCCACACCAUGGCCAAGAAUGGCUACACUCCGCUCCACAUCGCCGCAAAGAAGGACCAGAUGGAGAUCGCCACGGUGCUGCUGCAGUACGGAGCCGAGACCAACAACCUGACCAAGCAGGGUGUCACUCCGCUCCAUCUGGCCUCCCAGGAGGGCCACGCUGACAUGGCUGCCCUGCUCAUGAGCAAGGAAGCUCAGGUCAACGUCCAAACUAAGAGCGGCCUGACUGCCCUCCAUCUGGCGGCCCAGGAGGAUAAAGUGGCUGUUGGCGAGAUCCUAUCCAAACACGGAGCCAACCUCGACCAGCAGACCAAAUUGGGAUACACCCCGCUAAUUGUAGCAUGUCACUAUGGUAAUGCCAAGAUGGUCAACUUCCUGCUUCAGAAUGGAGCAAAUGUCAAUGCCAAAACCAAGAAUGGAUACACUCCCCUUCACCAGGCAGCCCAGCAAGGAAACACACACAUCAUUAACGUACUACUGCAAAACGGUGCCAAGCCCAACGCUGUCACUGUGAAUGGUAACACUGCCCUGGGUAUCGCUCGGAGGCUGGGCUACAUAUCUGUGGUGGAUACGCUGAGAGUCGUCACUGAGGAGAUCAUUACCACCACAACGACCGUGACGGAAAAACACAAGCUGAACGUGCCAGAGACCAUGACUGAAGUGCUGGAUGUCUCGGAUGAAGAGGGUGAUGACACGAUGACCGGUGACGGAGGGGAGUAUCUGAGGGCCGAGGACCUCAGGGAGCUAGGAGAUGACUCCCUUCCAGGACAGUAUCUGGACGGAAUGAACUACCUCCGCUUCAGCCUGGAGGGGGGGCGCACUGACAGUUCAGACAGGUCCUUCACACCCACCCACCACAGCUACUACUCCCCUAAACAUGAAGGCAUCAUAGAUGAGAUGCUCACCGGUCACCAGGUCUCGUCACUUGCCAGGGAGUGUGAGAGGGAUUCGUAUCGUCUGAGUUGGGGCACCGAGAACCUGGAUAAUGUGGCUUUAUCCUCCAGCCCCAUUCACUCUGGCUUCCUGGUCAGCUUCAUGGUGGAUGCCAGGGGCGGGGCCAUGCGUGGUUGCCGGCACAACGGUCUACGCAUUAUCAUCCCGCCCAGGAAGUGCAGCGCUCCCACGCGGGUGACGUGCCGGCUGGUGAAGAGGCAUCGUCUGGCCACCAUGCCUCCGAUGGUUGAGGGCGAAGGCCUGGCCAGCAGGAUCAUCGAGGUGGGGCCCUCUGGAGCCCAGUUCCUUGGUCCUGUGAUUGUGGAGAUUCCCCACUUUGCUGCCCUUCGGGGGAAAGAGAGGGAGUUGGUGAUUCUCAGGAGUGAGACUGGAGAAAGCUGGAAGGAGCAUCACUGUGAACACACUCAAGAGGAACUCAACCAGAUACUCAAUGGCAUGGACGAAGAGCUGGAUACUCCAGAGGAGCUGGAGAGGAAGCGCAUUUGCCGAAUCAUCACGAGAGAUUUCCCACAAUACUUUGCGGUGGUAUCGCGCAUCAAUCAAGAUAGUAAUCUGAUUGGUCCUGAAGGAGGCGUCCUGAGCAGCACUGUUGUGCCCCAAGUACAGGCAGUUUUUCCUGAGGGUGCCCUAACCAAGAGGAUCAGGGUCGGACUGCAGUCCCAGCCAGUAAGUGUGGAUGUAGUGAGGAAGAUCCUGGGGAACAAGGCCACAUUCAGCCCCAUCGUCACCCUGGAGCCUCGCAGGAGGAAGUUCCAUAAACCUAUCACCAUGACCAUCCCUGUCCCCAAGAGCAACUCAGACCUGGUCCUGAAUGGCUUUGGAGGAGACACCCCCACCUUACGACUGCUUUGUAGUAUCACAGGUGGAACGACACCUGCUCAAUGGGAGGACAUAACAGGAACCACUCCGUUAACAUUUAUCAAUGACUGUGUCUCCUUCACCACCAACGUGUCUGCAAGAUUCUGGCUGAUAGACUGUCGGCAAGUCCAGGAAUCUGUCAAUUUCUCCACUCAGGUCUACCGAGAGAUUAUCUGUGUCCCUUACAUGGCCAAGUUUGUCAUCUUUGCCAAGACCCACGAUCCCAUUGAGGCCCGACUGCGGUGCUUCUGCAUGACAGACGACCGGAUUGACAAAACCCUGGAGCAGCAGGAGAACUUCACCGAGGUGGCCCGCAGCCGAGAUGUCGAGGUCCUGGAAGGUAAACCUAUCUAUGCAGACUGCUUUGGAAACCUUGUUCCACUCACCAAAAGUGGCCAGCACCAUCUCUUCAGCUUCUUUGCCUUUAAGGAGAACAGACUAGCACUCUUCAUCAAAAUCAGAGACAACACUCAGGAGCCGUGCGGCCGUCUGUCCUUUAUGAAAGAACCCAGGAACUACAGGUCACUCACCGAAAAUGCCAUAUGCAACCUCAACAUCACCCUCCCAUCAUACGGCAAGGAGUCCGAUUCAGACCAAGAGCAAGAGGAAGAGACCAGCAGAACACUACAGAAAUAUGAAGAGAUGCCGACAUCAGUCCUGAAAUCAGAGCUGAUUCGAGAACCAGACCUUCUAUUCGACGUGUCAGAGAUGAAACAAGAUUUGAUCAAAAUGACUGCCAUCUUGACUGCAGACUCCACAGAGAAAUCCCCUUCAUUAGGAAGGUCUGGUCUAGAGAAAGGGACUGAGGAUGUUUCUGGAGAGCCGUUAGAAAUAAUGGAAAAGGACUUAGAGAAAGUCAAAGAGGACCUAGAAAAAGUCAGUGAGAUACUGAGGAGUGGAACAUAUGAGGGUGAGGCAGCAGAGGAGGCAGCAAAAGCAGCUAGAAUUGUCGAGGAGUGGGUUCUCCUCUCGGACAGUGAGAUAGAAGUGGCCAAAAGAAUGGCAGCCUUAGAAACUCAAGAGCCAGUCUUACGUGAAAGCAGAGCUAUCAGGGCUCCCAGACCUAAAGCAAUAAAGGACAGUGGUGACCUUAAAGAAUACCUCCUGGAUGCACCAGUAAGCUCCAAAAUAAAAGUUAAAGAAGAGCCAGCUGUCCAAGAAGAAUUCACUGAUGUUGUACUACGCAAAGGUGCAAAGCCAACUACCCCAACCAAGGUGCAUGACAAAACAGCUGCUAAGCCAAUCAGAAGGAAGGGCAAAGACCAGGGGCAGGCAGAAGAAUCAACAGAGGCAGGUGCUCUUCUAAGUUUGCCAACUGGCCCAGCAUCACCCGUAUCCCCAGUUAUUGAAGAAACUCCCAUUGGGUCAAUAAAGGACAAAGUCAAAGCCUUACAACAGAAAGUGGAGGCAGAGCAAAAGAGCAAAAAGGUCACUGGAAGCAAGGCCUCGCAAUUGCCUGUUAUGAGCAAACCCUCUCCAAAAGCCAAAGAAAGCCCUAAAUCAAAACAGGGUCCCCCGAAAUCCCCCAAAGCCGAAUCUGAAAAACUUGAGGAGACUAUGUCAGUUAAAGAGCUUAUGCAAGCAUUCCAAACAGGACAGGACCCCUCAAAAAGAAAGUCUGGACUAUUCGAGCUCAAAACAUCCUCUACGUCAAGAUCGGAGAAAACCACAAGAUCAGAUACCAUCCAGUCAAAAUCCAUGACCAAAGCAAUAACCUCACGUGUCUCGCAACAACGAGAAGUAUCUUUGGAUUCCAAACCUUGCAAGAAAGAGACCACUCAGCAAGACAGAGAGAUAGAAACCAAGUCAGUUGCUUCUGCUCAUUCUGAGCUAACUGAAACUACAGACUUUGGAAAUGGUGGUCUUGAUGAUAGCUCUGACAGCUUAAAACAUGAGGGUGUGGCAGACUCCCUAAGUGCCAGCUCUGGAGAUUGUACCCCUCAUUUGAGCUCUGAGGACAGUGACAAACACGAGGGUCUUGCCACUCCAGGCACAAGCCCAGAGAGUCUGUGUCUUUCUCCCAAAACUGGACAGCAGACCUCUACAACUUUGGCAGCAACUGGCACAACAGUCAAAAAUGAAUUUAUAGACACAGAGAAGUCUGGACACUCUGGUGUAGGGACCACUGGUGACCAACGGUCUGCAGAAUUGACUCUCCCUGUUUCUUCCAGUGAGGUUGCACAUGAUCACACUACAAGUGAGUCCAUAUCUGUUAGGAGGAAUGAGUCUAAGCCAUCUAUACCUCAAAAGCUUACAAAGAGAAUUUCAGAGGCUGUAGAAACUUUUCUUAGCGAUGACGAGAGCCCUGAUCAUCAGCUAGAAUUGUCUUUAAUUCGUUUUCCAGCCUCUAGAUCUUCUUCUCAGCGUCAUGCAAGCUUAGAGCUGCCUUUAAAACAAGACUCAGACUCUCUCAGUCCAUUAGCUGAUGAGUCUUUGACAAUAAGCCACAGAGACUCUCUUGAGGGUAGUCCUCUCAUGGAAGAAAACUCCUCCCAUAAGUCCCCAGAUUCCAUUGAACCUAGCCCAACCAAGGAAUCACCCCCUCAUGACUCCUUAGAGAGCAGCCCUGUAGAGCAAAAAAUCCACCCAUCCUUCCAAUCAUCUAUAGGUCCAUCUAGUAAAUCCCAUAGCCAUCCAGAUCCCUCCAAAGCUACAGACGUUCCUCAAGAUGCUUUGCGCGGUAGGCUGCUUCGAGACCAUGAGGCUAGUGCUGAUGAUGACAGUUUUGAGCAGACAUCUCAGAUGACAAGUUCCGGUAAGAGUCCCCUCUCCCCUGAUACUCCCAGUUCUGAAGAGGUAAGUUAUGAGGUAAACCCCAAACCCCCUGACUAUACAUUCCUUUCCAUUCCAUUCACACCGGCUGUCAUUCCUGAAGACCAAGAAGAAGAGGAUACCUCAGACAGCUAUGAAUCUAAAAGAAAAAUCACUCCAGAGGAAGAGAUGUUUAAAAUGGCAGCCAAAAUAAAAACAUUUGAAGAAAUGGAUCAAGACGAGAGGAGCAAAAAGAACUCUAGAAAAGAUUUGUUUCCCACAGCAAAUGCCAAACUAGGGGAUGACAGCUAUGAAACAAUAGAGCACACAAGUGAGAAGCUUUCGCAAAGUGAAUGUAGGCUCAAUAGACCCAAUGAAGAUUCAGAGUUAGCUCUUUUUGUUGAUCCCCAUAUUAAAGUACAACCUCCCUCUCCUUUUUCAGCAGGUUUGCAUGAUGGACCCCACAGCAAAGAGGUCAAGAGCACAACAAGAACAGCCACUGUCAGUUCAGAGGGGCCUCACUCUGUCUCAGCCCAGCUGGAAACUGCACAGGAACAAAGAGUCCCACCAUCUGUAAAAGUUGAUGAAGACAGUACUGCCAAAAAGGCUCUGGUAACACCAUACACUGAAAACAGGACUGAUGAGCAAAAGGAGGAGAGUUUAAGGAAGUCAAAAGACAACAAAGGAGAUGAUAAGGAUGGUCAAGAGUUAAGUGUUAGGCUAAAACAAGGUAGCAAUGUAACAGAUGAGGUAAAAGGAGAUAAAAAGGAGCCUCCAAGAGCAGCGGAGGCUGGAUGCAGUGCAGCUGUUGCCACGGGUCAAACAAAGGAAAUGUUUAAACCGGAGGUCUGUAUAUAUGAUGACACAGAGGAGGAGGAUGAGAUACUGGAGCCUCCCAGAACUGAGUCAAAAGGUGUCACUGCAAGGGUAGAAACUGAUUCAUGGUCUGCCAUGCGGGAGGAUGAUGCCGCUUUUGCAGCUCGUGUAAAAGAGGAGGAACAGAAGAUACUGAAUCUGGUGGUGGACCGUCAGUCUCUGCAAGCAACUCCGGACACAACACCUGGUAGAACACCAACAGAAGAGAGCACUCCUACCAGUGAGCCCAACCCUUUUCUAUUCCAAGAAGGGAAGCUUUUUGAGAUGACCCGAAGUGGUGCUAUUGACAUGACUAAGAGGAGCUAUGAGGAAGAGGGGGGUGGAUUUGCCUUUUUCCAGAUAGGUGAACAGCCUUUAGAUGAACCUCUCUUAGAAGAAAGUAGAUCAGCAGCAGAACCUGAAGUUGGCCUCAAUCUAACACUAGAGGUUAAGACUGAGGAGACUGAGACAAAAGAAGCAAAAGAAGCAACUGAUUAUCAGCUUCAGUCCCCAGCCGAAGGUGAUCAGCAAACCUCUAAAGCUGAUGCCUCCAAAUCUAAAAUCCCUAAAAUGGGCAUUUCCGCUUCAGCCAAAUCUACAAAGAAAGAUCAGACAUCCCCUGAAGGUCGAGACAAAAAUGUGAACGAAGAUUUAGACAAAAAUUCCCCUGACCAAAUGAUUACAACUGUACAGACAGCCGAAACUACAGUCACUAGAUCAGUUUACUCUGAGCAGGGCCAAGAGUCCUCUGAUUCAUCUCCAGAAGAACCAGAGUCAGUGAUAGAAGCGCCCAAAUCAACAGUCAAGUCAAAACAAAGUGCUCCCACGAGUGUUAAAAAAACUCCAGUCAAAACACAAGCUAAGUCUGCUCAACAAGGUCGGGGCAAAUCCACAAUUCCCUCUCAAUCUCAUGCAACUUCCUCUUCAACCACUCUUAAAAAAGAGGCCUCCUUCAUUUCUGAAUCUAAAUCAAGAAUUCCCAUUAAGGCUCCCAAGCCUGAUUCUAUUGUCAAACAUGCUGGAUCUACCCAAGACAAAAAGCUUAAGGUACCUGUGAAAAAGGAUUCAAGAAGAAAAUCUGAGACAGACACAGGUCCCUCUGAUAUCAAAACCAAGACACCAUCUUCCAAAGCCAAGAGCUUCUGUGAGGGGGACUCUACCAGGUCAUCUGCUAAAAAAGAAAAAGGUCGACCAUUGAGUUCUGAGUCAGCAAAAUCUAAAGGCUUCCAGUCCAGAUUGCCAGUCAGAGGUAAAAGUGGUCAUUCAUCAACACUCACUAAAGAGAAAAGUGAGCCAAACAAACAGUCCAUUGAGUUCUUUGAAGAGAUAAGCGAUGAAGCAGCAACACUUGUGGCAAGAUUGGCACAGGCAGAGACAGAGAAAGAACAAAAGGUUGCAGCCGCCAACUCAGAUGAUGAGAGCAGUGUCAUUGAUCCAUCAAUCAUAGAAAGAGAAACUUUCCCUGAGAUGCAGUUCCUGCCCUCAGGAGACGUCUUUCCCAUUAGACCACUGUGGGACAACCCUGUUGAGACACAGAUGCAGCGAAUCCCAGAUGAUAAAGUCCAAAGUCAAGUACAUCCACAGGAUGAGGCAGAGAGAAAAGAGCAACGGUUGGCCAUUAUAGCCGACCACCUGGGCUUCAGCUGGACUGAAUUAGCACGAGAACUGGACUUCAGUGAGGAGAGGAUCAACCUGAUAAGGAUUGAAAACCCAAACUCACUGCAAGACCAAAGCCAUGCCCUUUUGAAAGUCUGGGCUGAGAGGGAGGAAAAGCAUUCCACAGAAGCAACACUGAUCAAAAGACUGACUAAGAUCAACCGAAUGGACAUAGUUCACCUCAUUGAAACUAAGAUAAUCAAGUCCACUCAGGAGGAGACAUCAUCACAUACAUAUGCAGAAAUUGAGCGGACCAUAGCAUUGGAUCAUAGUGAAGGUUUCUCUGCCCUUCAUGAAGACAUUGACAGCCCCAGGCCAGGCAGGCGUACAGAGACUGCACAUAGGACUCCAGGUUCGGGACUAGAGGUACCCAUGGUGUCGGCAGAGGACCUGUCCUCCAGUUUGUCAUCCCUUCACGAGACAAUUGGACGACCAGAAACAGAUUUCAAAGCAACUGGCCUUAGAAAUGCCCAGAAAGAGAAACUACAAAAAGAGAUGGAAACACCAUACUCAUCACAUAGAGUAUAUGAGGAAGUGACAGACACCUGUGACAGGAGCACAGGCAGUAUUAAACAAGUAAGUCCUUUCUUCACAUUGUACCUCACCUCUCCCUACAACCUCCGAUCCCAUGUGAUAGACCCUGUGUUCAAAGGGGGACCCAUGUUAGGCACCCAGAUUAUCCCACCGCCUUACCCCACUAUUGAACCAUGUGAUGAUGAGGGUGGUGCUGGAUAUGGGGGGGCAGAGGGGGGAGAAGAGUGGAGCUUGGAGUGUCUACAAACCACCAAUUCUGAAUACAAUGCUGAUUAUUUGUCACCAUGGCGAGAGUCAUCUAAUAGUUCUCGAACAGGUGUAUGCAAGAGUCGACCAUUGUCUAUGACCGACUUUGGGGAUAGCUUGAUUGAGUGUGAUCAAGCUGAGCAAGACUUCAGGAAACUGUCUAUGGAGCUUACGGAAACCGAUGAGGUCCCUGAAAAGAUUUGCUUAACAAAACAACCUACAAGUGAACAACUGCCUACUCAGCCUACUUCUGUGCCUCCGUCUGGUUCCACUAAUGCUAUGACAGAAUCCAUCCUGACCAAACAAAUGGCCAGAAAACACAUGGAUGAAGUUUCAAAUCGACUCUAUAAAGUCUUGUAUGGAUAUGAUUUUGAGUUGAUGGAUUCAGAUAAUGAGGAUUUGUCCGUGGCGCCUAUGGAUGCAUCCUCUGAAGACGCAAUUCAGGCUGGACUCAGGAAAGAUGAGGUUGAUGGAGCUGCUAGAAACAUAAAUAUUGAUGAAAAUGUUUCAAACUCUUUGAUUGAGAUUGAUGAUUCCCAUGUCUCAAUUUCAAGUGACCUUAAUGUCAAAUCCCAUAAUGGCAUGAAUCAAAUCGACACUGCCACUCAGGCAUUAGCAGGUCCCUCUGAUGUCAGUUGUACCACUCCAGGUUUAAUGUCUCAAAAACCAGAGCUCUUAAGCUCAACUGGCUUCAUUCAGGUGUCACAUGACUCAAAUUUUGAACAGCUAGAUGUUCAUUCAGUAGAUAAUGCUAUGCCAGGUAUACCAGGAGCAGAAUACAGCUUUGAGAAAACACUGUCAUUCAGACGGAAUGAAAAUGAGUUUGUGGUCUCUGUAGAGUCUACACCUGAGAUCAAAGCAUCCAGAUCCUGUUUACCAGAAUCCACAUGUGAGACCAUUUGUGAACUUUAUAGCUUAGUUUAUGAUAGAUUAUCUUCACCUGAAUGUGUGACUGAUGCAGAAAUAUUACUGACAGAGAGUAGGGCCACAUCACCUGAAUCAGCAUCGUCACUAAAUGAGCUGAAUGUUCUUGCACACGAUUCUCCAAUACCUCAGUUUAGGCCUUUGUCUCCCCUACCGCCGCCUAUUUUUCCAUGGGAAAGUGAUGAUGUUGGGGCUUCUGCCCCAGUGCAACCAUUACUGAGUGAGCCAAAUACUUAUAUGCACUUAACAUCAGAAGCAGAGGAAAGGCCUUUGACGCCAAUGGUUUCAAACAAAAGACCAUUUGGAAGGCAAGUAUCACUAGGCAGCGAUAGAGCUUCAUCACCUGCUGCAGCUGCAGCUGCUGGAGAUGAAUCUGAAUCUGUUUUACGUGUUGUUAGUCACAGGUCACCCUCCCCUGAAUCAAUUGAAUUUGUAGAGAUAGCUGAUCAUAGAAGAAAAUAUACCGAACCAUUGGUAUCUGAUACACAGAAUAAAUCACCAACACCAGUGGAAACAGUAUCUAAGGAUGAUGAUGAUUGGGUCAUCUUAUCUAUGUCUGAUAUUGAGGGAAGACCACUUUCACCAGAGUCAGUGCCUGGCAACAGAUUUUUGACUCCACAGUCAACAAUUUUAGACAUUAUAGCAUCCUCUCUUGAAUCAGAGACAUUCAAUGAGAGUCUCUCCCCAGAUUGUCCCAUACCACAAUUUACGCUGUCUGUGCAUCAUUCUGUUACUAAAAAUUAUCAUUUAUUAUCAUCAGACUCUGUUUUGUCAGAUACAGAGUAUAAGGCCAUGCCAUUGCUAUCAUCUUUUGAGAAUAGGGCUUUAUCUCCUUGUUUAAGUAGUUCUGUAAGUGAUUAUGGGUCUAAUCUUGUAACUGGCCUGCCUCUUGAGGAAGACAUGACACUUGAACUGACACAACCUGCAAUUGAUGUGGAAGAGGCAUGUGCUGAAAAGCAGUUUAAAACUAAAACAAGCAUUACCAUUGAUCUAGAAAAAUCCAAAACUCAAGAAAAAUGUUCAAUCAAUAUUUUGUCACAAUCUGAGCACAAUCCUAUGAAACAUAAUGAAAAUGAAGGUCCCAAGAUACAAACAGUUGUACUUGAAGGCAGUCAGUCUGACCAAAUCAUUGUCACGCCACCAGCGGGAGUUGAAGUCUUGUCAACUAAAAUUACAGAAAAAUUAUCUCAUGAGUUGUUUGAUGAGGGAAAUUCAAAGCAGGAAAUUUACAAUCCUUUAACUGGAAAGACAAAGUCUGCUAGAAAGAAAAAAUCUAAGAAAUCAGUCAAAACUGAUAAUGAACCUGUGCAGAAUGAUACAACUUAUCUAAAAGAAUCACCUGAGUUUAUGGUUACAUAUGUACCCCCACAAGGAUCUGUUAAAACUCUAUCACCUCCAGAAACUGGAUCUGAUGAUCUACCAUUCUCAUUGGCAUUGACUAAAAAUUCCCCUGAAGAUCAGCAGUUUCAACGAGAAUCAGUUUCUACACCUCAGCAUCAUAUGCCUUUAUCCUUAAAUGAAUAUCCAGUGCCAGUGUACAGUUUAGCAUAUGGUGCAGAACUGCGGAAGCUCAUCGCUCAAAUGCUUGACCCACAGUAUGUAGGAGUGAAUAAACCAGGAAUGCUUCAGUUUGCUGAAACAAGAACAGAGUCUUAUCAGACAAGGUCAGAUGCAACAGCUGAAUAUGAAUCUUCUGGUUUGCAAUCCCAAAAUUACCAAAGAUCACUUUCAUUUGAUUCUGAAGCACAAUAUAGACCCAUGACACCGCAAUCGCUGGAUACACUUAGACCAGAUUCCUCCCACUCAGGGAGAUCUGUGAAUAGUCAGCAAGCUUUAAUGCCAGAUUCCCCUAUACCUAUGUACUUUUCCUCUUUCUCUGGAUCAUCCCAAGUUUAUCACAGAUCAAUGUCAACAGAGUCAGUAUGGUCAGAUCUGGAUCUGGAGACUGAUUUAAACAUUUCAUUUCUUAUCGAGGACAGACCAGCAUCUACUGAUUCAGUAACAUCUGUUAACAUAUACAGGGCACUAUCACCUGAGUCACCCAUUCCUGUGUUUGGACAGGGUUUACCAGAAUUUGUUGCUGGGGCCACAAUGGCAGUAUCCUCAUCACCUUUUUUAGUUGGUUCAAAUUUAGAGUAUGGGGCUAUGUAUCUGUCACAACUGUGCCCUGAAAUUAGACCAUCCUCACCUGAUUCAGUUUCUGGAGAUGACUAUAGAGGUGACUUGCCAAUACCAGAAUUCAAAACAGGUCUGACUGAAUCAGUUCCAGUCAUUGGUCAUAGAUCAUCCUCUCCUGAGUCUGUGGUUUCUGAAGUCGAAUAUACACAAUCAAGUAUUUGCGAGCAGAGAUCUGACUCACCGGAAUCACAAGUAUUGGAGACCACAGGGAGACCAUUGGGUGGUAGUAGUCAAAUUGUACCUCUUAAAGCAAUAAGGGUACCAGUAUAUAGACUUGUUUAUGAUGCUGAACUUUGGAAACUUAAUUCUCAAAUACAUGAUCCUCACUUGGUUGGGGAGACUUUUUGCAGUAAAACCGGUGUAUUUGAGUAUGCUGGAACAAAAAUUGAGUAUGUCCUGGACGAUUCAGGUGUGAAAGAGGGAGAGUUAGAGGGUGGUGGGAAAUUGGACAUCGCAGAUUCCUCUGAUGCAGUUGUUCUACAAACAAUGCAAACAAAGAUUGAGAAGGAAGAGAGCCCAGUGUCAGACUACAGGCCUUUAUCACCUGGGGCACUGAUAACUGAAUCAGCUGUUUCCAUGCUUGAAGAAAAGCAAUCGGAAAAGACUGGUGCAACAAUUAGACCAAACCAGCUGAUAUGUCAACUACAUGACCCACAUUAUGUAGGAGAAGCCUUUGUAAGUAGAGUGUUUGAAUAUGAGGAGACAAGUAAAGAAUGCAUUCCCCUUGAUUCACAUGCAGGAGAGACAGGUAGGGCAAUGUCACUUGGUCUUGGGGCAGAAUAUAGAUCUUCCUCCCCCAAGGGCCUGAAGUUACUGAGUGUGCUGAGGCCUGAUUUGCAGGAGACAGGAAACUCUGUAGAUGAGUAUAGACCUUUGUGUCCAGAUUCACUAAUUCCCCAACCUUCUUUCUCGCUUUUUCAAUCUCCACUGGAAAAUCCCAGGGCACCGUUUUCCAAACCUAUGUCAGAUACAGAACUUGAGCAAUUUGAUGCUGCUUUAAUUACUGAGUCGAGGUCAUCAUCUCCUAAAUCAGAAGAGCGACGGGCCCUGUCUCCGGAUUCACCUGUACCUCAAUUCAUGGCAAGAGUCAAAUGUUUUCCGUUGUUUGGUGGGUUUAGGUCAGCAUCCCCUGAAUUAGAUAUAUCAGAUGUUGAGUAUGGACCUUUAUGUAAUUCCCCACCUGGUACUGAAGAUAGACCAGAGUCUCCAGAGUCAUUAGAACUAGAGCUAAAGGAGAGACUUCUGACACCUGAUUCUGAAUCAGAGUAUAGGCCUUUCUCACUGAUGUUAAUGUCAAAUUUCAGAUCAUCCUCUCCUGAAACAACUGGCUCUCUGAAUGAAUACACAGCUCUUUCGCCAGACUCACCCAUUCCUGAAUUUACACAGGCACUGCAAGAGUCCGCCAUAUCACAUAUGGAGUUACGGUCUUGUUCACCUGAAUCAGUGUUGUCUGACUUUGAUGAGGAAAUUGAGUCAUAUUUCCCAAUUGUCCUGGAAGAUCGAUCUUCUCCUGAGUCCUUGGCAUCUCUGAGUAUAUACAGAAGACUUUCACCUGAUUCCCCUUUACCUGACUUCAGUCAGGCUUUGCUAGAGACUGAUCCUGAGUUCAAUGCUUACAGGUCAUGGUCACCUGAAUCAGAGUCUUCAGAASUCGAUUAUUGUCCUUUGAUUUCACAGAUGUUUGAUUUUGAGAACAGAGCAGAAUCCUGUCAAUCAGGGGUGUCUGACUCUGAUCUUAGAUGUUUGUCUCCUGACUCUCCACUACCCCAGUACACUAUGAGUGUACCCACUGUGUUGGGAGUAAGAUAUAGAGCCACUUCACUUGAAUCAGUAUAUUCAGAUGAGGAUUUAGAAACAGAUUUGAGUAUCCCUUGGCUUUUUGAGGACAGAGCCACAUCUCCUGGUUCAAGGGCAUCCAACGAUGAAUUUAGACCUCUUUCACCAGACUCACCCAUUCCUGAAUUUACACAGGCACUACAAGAGUCCGCCAUAUCACAUAUUUAUGGACAUAAGUCAGCAUCCCCUGAGUCAACCUGUUCAGAUGUGGAAUACAUUGUUUUAAGCAUUGAAUCAUUCGUUUAUGACAUCAGACCCUCUUCACCUGGCUCAGGAUCAUCUGGAGAUGAAUACCAGGCUCUGCCACCAGACUCACCCAUAACUGAAUACAGGCCAGUAGUGCCUGACCGUGUUAUUGGCAUUGCUGGCUGUAGAUCACCCUCCCCUGAAUCCUCUGAAUCAGAUAUUGAGUAUGCUUUGAGUGAGUUAUUAAUGUCUUUGACUUAUGGUGUAGAUGAUAGACCAAAUUCUCCCAAAUCAGUAGGAUCAGAAAUACAAGAGAGGCCACAAUCGGUUGAAGCCAUACCAGAAUACAAACCCUUGUCUUGUGUGGCAUUGACGUUACUUGGAAACAUACGAUCAGUGUCUCCAGAAUCUACUCAAUCACUUGAUGAACACAAGAGGUUGUCUCCAGACUCACCCCUUCCUUGGUUUACACAAAAUGUUCUCAAGACUACAGCAGAAGUAACACACACCAGGCGUUCUUUCCAAGAUUCAAUAUUGUCAGAUGUAGACUCUACUUUGACUUCAUACGACACAGAAGUCACUGACAUGAGACCACUAUCACCUCAUUCAGAGAGAUCAGAUGAUGAAUGUAAACCCCUGCCAUCUGAAUCGCCAAUACCUGAUUUUACAAAGACAUUUGUAGAAAAUAUAAUGACUGUGAGAGAUAUUUCACCCACUGAAUUUUCAGGUUCAGAUGAUUUGUCACAAUCUUUAGACCUGUUUGGUGCAGAUGAAAGGUCAUCACAAAAGUCUUUUGAAUCAGACAAGGAAGAAUUACUCUUGCCAACCAAAUCAUCAAUACCUGAAUUAAAAGUUCCAACUGGCAAUGAAGCAACCAUCAAUAGCACUGUUUUAUCAACAACAAUGGCACCUACCUUACCUGAGGAAUCAGCGGUAAUCUUAGCUAAAUAUAAUCUAAUUCAUGAUGCAGAGCUGUGGAAGCUAAUUUCUCAAGUACAUGAUCCUCAGUACGAGGGAGAAACUUUCAGCAGUAAAACAGGCUUUAUGCAAUUAAUUGCCAACACAAUAGAACAUGAGAGGAGUGUUCAAGAUGAUGAUCAAGAUACUAAAGUAAAAGAUAAAAAUGAGCAUGAUGUCAAAAAAACACCUUUAGAGGAAACCGAUAAAUUUACUUCAACAGACACAGCCAAAGCUGAUGAUGGCUAUCUUUGCACUUCAAGUGUACAAGUCAUAUCUGAUGGACCUGUUUCAGAGUCAUCUCUACCAGUGAUUGAACACAUUGUGUUGUCAGGGGCAGCUCCAUACAGACAGGCUAAGUAUACAUUUAAAAUACCUGUCCCUGAGGCACAAACUGAGUCUGAUGGUGGUUGGGUGGUAGUAUCAGUAUCUCACACAGAGGAUGAUGAUCUACGCUAUUCACCAGAAUCCUUGACAGACUUUAGACCCAUAUCCCCCAGUUCAGUCAUGGUGAUAGAAUCAAGAGCAUCAUCACCAGAAUCUGUAACAUCAGUCAGUGAGUUUGGACCACUCUCCCCAGAUUCCCCCUUACCUGAAUUUACAAUAGCAAUGCCAGAAUGUGUAUCGUUCCUGAGAUCAGCAUCAUGUUCGCCUGAAAAUGUACCAUCAGAUAUAGAUUAUGUGGCAUUCGGAAAUUUGGAAUCUCAGUUUUCAGAAUGUAGGCCAUCAUCUCCAGUAUGUGCACCAUCAGAGUAUGAGAAUGAGAGAGGAAGGGCUUUGUCGUCUCAGUCACUGCCUGAAUACAGACCAAUGUUGCUUGGAUCCUGGUUGUCCAUGUCUGACAAAAGAGCAUCAUCUCCAGAAUCAAUGUCUGAGUUCAAUGAGAACAGGUCACUUUCUCCAGACUCUCCCAUCCCUCAGUUUACAGUAUCAUUGGAGUACAAGCCUACACAUAGGACAUCAUCACCUGAAUCAAUUGGUUCAGAUUCAGAGUGCGAGCUUAUGGUCACGUCAUCAAGAGACAAUGAUAGACCAUCUUCACGUGAAUCCAUUUCAUCUGUCAAUGAGUUCAGUCACCUAUUGCCUGACUCACCAGUACCUGAUUUUAUGAGAAUAUUGUCUUCUUAUUUUAUGGAUGCUACCCAUGUUGAUAGAUCAUCUUCACCUGUGUCUCUGUCAUCAGACUCUGAGUUUGUUGCUCUACCUAUUGAUUGCUGGAUUGAUGAUAGCCCAAGGCCACUGAGCCCUCAAACUGUGGAGUCAGAGGAGGAAUUAGGUUUUUGUCGUGAAGGUACUGAACUUUUGAGUCAUGUGACGUCUUAUUUAUUACCUUUAUUACCUGGUCAGUCUUCAUUAUUACCUAACAAAGGGCCAUUGGCGGAGUCAUCAUUAUUAAUUCAAAGUAGUGAGACAAAUGUCAAUCCUAACUGUCAAAAAAUGACAGGACUGCAAUCAGAAGUUUUGUCAUACGAAAGGAUGCAGCGUGGAUAUGAAGCUGAAAGUAUCUCAACUUUACAAACCACGGUUUGUGAGGAAGACUUCCAGAAAGACUUUCUUGUGAAACCAUCACCAGUUCAAGAUGCAAAAAGAAAGGAGACAAAGAUCCUACACAUCAGUUCUGGAGAAUUAAAGAAGAAGACGGUCUCACAAAGGGCUCCUGCUGAGACACCAGAGGAAACACAGUUUCAAACAGACGUUAAGGUGUAUGACCCAAACUCAUUCACAACCCACAGAACUGUUACUUCAAUUCUACCUGCAUUUGAGAAUACAUCAUGUUUAAAGUUGGGCUUAUCACAAGGGCACCCAGAGUGGGAGUUCUCCCGUAACAAAGCACAGCCCAGUGAGCUUUUUUCACCCAUGUCAACUCGGUUUUUGGUACCACCAGAUUAUGAAGCCGUAUUUUCAGGACACCAAACACUGAGAGUUUCUCAAUGCAGCCAAGCCUCUUUGAAUGAUUUGAGUCCAGUGUCUCCAGUGUUCAGUGACUCAAUGUCAGCUCAGAUUGUGACUGAUGCCACCACCAAAGGAGAGUCUGAAAGUUCUAAAGACUUGGAAUUUUUACCAGACUUUAACAGAGUCCUCUCUGAAUUUGAAUCAGAGGAUCCAAAGGUCGUACCAACGGAACUCAGUAAAAGAUUGGAAUCUCCACAGCACUCUGACUCAGAUGUGGAGUUCUUCGAGUGCAGACAAGCCUUCUAUGACUUCUCUGAACCAGAAGAAGUGAAACUGGAACAUGAGAUUACCUAUCAUAUUUCUGAACCCCCGUCCCCAAUGCCUGGGAGUAGCUCUGAUGGUGGCUUCCUGAAAGGAAGCCCUCAGUACACUGCUCACCCUUUCCUCCAAGUGGAAGAUUACAAGCGCUUCUCUUCUAGCAGUGAAAGUCUCAGUGAAUUUGCUUGUGAUUCGGAUGGUUCACGGGAGUGUCAAACAGACGGCAAACUCCCGUUGUGUGAGGAGCUGCCUUCCAGAGACCAGGCAGGGUAUUACGAUGAUGAUGACUUCCUGGGAAGGGAGAUAGCAGAGGAACUAGGGUUGCUGUCUUCUGAUAGCUCAGAGGAGGAGGUGCUGACUACCAGGGUGGUCCGACGCAGAGUUAUCAUUCAGGCGGAUAACCUACCAGAUAUCCCCCCACACACUGUCACAGAGGAGAAGUACACAGAUGAGCAUGGCAACAUGGUCGUUAAGAAAAUCACUCGGAAGGUGAUUCAUAAAUAUGUGUCAGCAGACGGCAUGGAGACACAGGAAGUGACCAUUGAGGGCUCACACCAGGAGACAGUGCAGAUUGAGGAGGGAGACACUGUCUCCAGGGUGGUGAAGAGAACCGUUAUUCACAGUGAGGGAGAUCAAAAAGAGUUGACCUUUUCGGAGUACCCGGCCCUGGGAGCCGUCACAGCAUCAGAGUUUGAGGUGGAGCCAGUGCAAGGUCGAAAGGUCAGCAAGGUUGUCAAGAAAACGGUUGUGAGAGGCGAGAGGAUGGAGAAGCAGACGGGAGACCCCUCACUGGCUGCAGACCUCCCCUCAGCCAGACAGGACUUUGAGAAGGCAUUGAGUUAUGCGGGAGGCUUUGGGAAAGUGCUCCUGCCUCAUGUAGUAGAGAAAGAGAUUGUGCAGGACGACGGUUCUGUGGUUAAAAGGUCGGACAGCAGCAUGGGAAUGUGUAGAAAUGACCACAAUGACCACAGUGUACAGUUAGCAGAGCUUAACCUUGGACGCAUGGCGUGAUUGCACUCUUUCUUCUCCCCUCUAAUGUUACAGUCCAAACUCUGAUUUUGAUUUGUACAUGGCAGAGUAAGUGGCAAUUAGAAGACAAUGUUUUACAACCAGGGUAUUAUUGUAGUUUUAAUUUAACUCACCAGCCCUUUUGCUGAGAUCUGGGUGUUGCUGCUUCAUCAUGUCUCAAUCAAAAAGUUUGCAAAUGCAAUAACUUUCAUAACUGAUAACUAGCAAAACUUUGAAACGGUUGAAGUAUUGAAUUUAGACAAGGUUGUGUGAUUUGUGUUGAAGUUCUGACGUACCUGUUUGCAGACAUUGGAAACGUAAACUGGUCACAUGUAAAAAGUCUCCUUUCAUCUUCUGAAUAUGACAAACUCAGUUCAAAUGCUUUUUAGGUUACUGUAGCGUGGAAACAGGCCAGUGGGGGAAGCAUGUGAUUAUAUCAAAUCUGUCUUAGUUUUGUAUUGUAUGUGAAAGGAAAAUGUAAUGUUUAUUUGAUUUAAUGAUAUAGUUUAAUAUUGGCAGUGGAUGUAGCGUGACCCUUCUAUCUUGU